CCCUCCCCGCCCGCCAUGCCCAUGUACCAGGUAAAGCCGUAUCACGGGAGCGGCGGCGGCGGCGGCGCGGACCUGCCCACCUGCAUGUACCGGAUGCCCAGUGUGCACGGCGGGAGCGGCGGCCCGGGCCACGCGCAGGAAGAGGACGCAACUCUGCAGGCCCUUGAAACCCGCCAAGAGGAGAUCUUAAAACGUUUGUACGAACUAAAAGCUGCCGUUGACGGGCUCUCCAAGAUGAUACAAACACCAGAUGCAGACUUUGAUGUGACAAAUAUCAUUCAGGCUGAAGAGCACACUACUUUAACUGCAAAUGGAGCGAACUUGGAUUCAAUGCUUGGGAAGGAUUAUGGAGCUUUGAAAGAUAUCGUAAUCAAUGCAAACCCUACACUACCUCCACUCUCCCUGGUAGUACUGCACAGCCUUCUCUGUGAGCAUUACAAGAUCCUAUCAGCUGUCCAUACACACUCGUCUGUUAAAAACGUUCCUGAGAACCUUCUGAAGUGUUUCGGAGAGCAGAACAAAAGCAGAUCACGCCAUGAGUAUCAGUUGGGAUUUACUCUGAUUUGGAAAGAUGUUCCUAAGCCGCAGAUGAAGUUCAGUAUCCAAACCAUGUGUCCCAUUGAAGGUGAAGGGAACAUCGCUCGAUUUCUGUUCUCUCUCUUCGGUCAGAAGCAUAACCCCAUUAGUUUAACCCUUAUAGAUAGUUGGGUGGAUACAGCUAUAUUUCAGUUGAAAGAAGGAAGCAGUAAAGAAAAAGCAGCCGUCUUACGCGCCAUGAACUCCGCGCUUGGCAAAAGCCCCUGGCUGGUGGGAAAUGAACUCACAGUAGCAGACAUUGUGGCUUGGUGUGCUCUUCAGCAAACAGGGAGCUCUAAUGCUGUGCCAGGCAAUGUGCAAAAAUGGAUGAAAUCCUGUGAAAACCUGGCCCCUUUUAAUGCUGCCCUGAAACUCCUCAAGUAGUUUAAAGGGCGUGUGAGACCGGUGUUUUCAGUUUGCCCUGGGGCCCUGAUAAUGAACUUGUACCGCACUCUUUUUGAGCCAGCUGUAUAAUAAAAAUAUCUUAAA